GAACGAAUCCUGACGGCAAUAACACGCAUACACAAACACACAGAGGCAGAGAAGACCAGAGGCCGGUGUUGUACCUUCCUCAGCUGAUGAAGUAGCACGGCUGGACCCUGCGUGGACGUGUUGUGGACACUUUGUGGGUACUGAGCAGGUCUCAGGUGGUGGUCGGGGUAGAGAAGCUGGUCGGGUUCCGGUGCAGGCAUGCUGCGACAGUCUCUGAGCAUCCUGAAGCAGCUCAGCUCUGCAGCAAAGACACAAGAUGCCACUGAACAACUACAUGCGGACCUGGUACUGGUGGAGCAGCGGGUGGAACCAGCCAAAAAGGCGGCUCAGGUCGUUCAUAAGAAGCUGCAGGGCUGCAUGCAGAGUCAGUCCGGGCUGGACUCUGAGAAACGAAUGAAAAAGCUCCCUCUGAUGCUGCUGUCGGUCAGCAUGGCAGAGAGCCUCAAAGACUUUGACGCAGAGUCCUCUAUCAGGAGGGUGUUGGAGAUGUGCUGUUUCAUGGAGAAGAUGCUAGCCAGCAUGCUAGCUGACUUUGAAAUGAAACUGGAAAAAGAAGUCCUAGUGCCGCUCAACAAGCUCAGCGAGGAAGAUUUACCAGAGAUUCUCAGAAACAAGAAGCACUUUGCAAAGCUCACUACAGACUGGAACAACGCAAAAAACAGGAGUGAGGCUAGCACCGGCGCCCAGGCAAAGCAGGAAGGGCUUCGGGAGGAAGUGGAAGAAGCACGGAGGAAGUUUGAGAGCAUCAAGGACCAGUACUCUGCAGAUCUGUACCACUUUGCGACUAAAGAAGAUGACUACGCCAACUACUUCCUUCGUCUUCUCGAACUGCAAGCAGAAUACCACAAAGAUUCACACGAGUUCCUGGACAAAAACAUCAGCGAGCUCAAAGAGAAUCACAGUCAAAAUGGGCCAGCACUGGGCCUCUCCAAUCAGAAAGUCUACGGGGAGCCUCUGCUGUCUCAUCUGUCCAUAACAGACAGAGAAAUCGCCGUACCCAUCGAGGAGUGUAUUCACAUGCUCCUGAGGACGGGCAUGAGAGAGGAGGGCCUGUUUCGUUUGGCGGCGGCAGCCUCAGUGGUGAAGAGGCUGAAGACUGGCCUGGAGCAAGGGAACGUGGAUCACAGCGAGUUCACAAUUGACCCUCACGCUGUGGCCGGAGCUUUGAAGUGUUACCUUCGAGAACUGCCCGAGCCCCUAUUGACAUUUGAACUCUACAAUGACUGGUUCAAAGCAGCUGGGGAAAAAGACUUGACAGAGAAACUGGAGCAGUUCAAAGUGUUGCUGAGGAAACUGCCACCUGACAACUACAACAACCUCAGGUAUCUGGUCCAGUUUUUGUCUCUGUUGUCUGAGGGGGAGGCUGUGAACAAGAUGACCCCCAGAAACAUUGCCAUCGUCCUGGGGCCCAACCUGCUCUGGCCCCGAGCUGAAGGUGAAGCUGCUCUGUUUGACAUGGCGUCAGCUUCUUCAGUUCAGGUGGUCACAGUUAUGGAGCCUCUUAUUCAGUACUGCUCCAGCCUCUUCCCUGAAGCUAUAUCCUUUGAGAUACCAGAACUCCCUGAGUUCCCAGAUGUGACCGUUCCUGCUCCUGUUUGCCCGUCUCCGGUCUCAGAAAAGGAGAAACUGAGCAGAGCAGUCUCCUCUUCAUCCAGUACCUCCUCCUGCUCAUCCUAUCACCUCCCACUCUCCAAGGCAAACAGCACAACCUCUCAGGACAGUGGCGCCUUCUUCCUGAUGAAAUCUGGCUCUGUGAGUCGCAGUGGCUCCUCCACAUGGUCCCGCCCUGCAGCUGCACCAACGGCACCAACCCAUAAAAACACCACGUCCAGUGUCUUAUCAUCAAUUGCUCCCGACCCCGCUCUGGCUUCCAAUACUUCCACUGCGGGAUCAACGGCAAACGCUGGACAGAACAGGAGCCCCACCCAGAAGCAGUGCACGGAUCAAGGCCAGCUGGAGUCGAUUUCAGAGGCACCUUCACACUCUCCCAGAGCAUCGGUGAAGAUCUCCUCCCCGUACAAACCGGUAAGAUGCUUCGGCACCAAAAAAGCUAGCGAGCAGGUGACGGUUCACUUCUCCAAGCCGAAAGUCCCCGUGCCUCCACCCCCAACCACAGUCCCAGCGAGGGUGGAGGCUGGGACCAAGCCGACGCCGGCACCCCGAGCUCAGGGAGCCAACCCGAAAAAGCCUCCACCGAAAAAGCCUGGACUCAAAGCCCCAAACUGCCCUCCACCUCUUCCUCCACCAUCACUGGCAAAACAAGUUCCCUCUGUAGCUCAGUGAAACACGUUCGUUUUUGUAUCUUCUCUAUUGUUCAACAUGGUUAUUCUGCUGUUCAGUGUCUUCCAGGAUGUUUUUUUACGUUUAAGUGUUGCAGCUUAAUUACUUUUUUUUGGUCUGUUUUUCAUAACCAGUACCAUUUAUUUAUUUUUCUAUUGAUGUCCGAUAUUUCCAAGAAUGCAAUGUCGUUUUGGUUCAAUCAAAAUAUC